AUGUUUAAUUCUUCAACAUGCUUAACUUUAAGAAAAUAUCUUCAGUUGUUAAAAAAGAAUAGAAGACAGCUUAAGAAAGAAGCUCGUCAAAAAAAUCGUUUUGGAAAUGAGAAACUUGUAAGGAUUCCUUCACGUCAAAACUUGGAAAAUCCUUCAAACUUAUUAAUAAUUGAUGAACAAACAAAAAGUCUUACCGAUGAUGAUAAAAAUAAUCAUAAAGAUGUUUCUAUUUAUACCAAAAAAAAGAAUGAUUUGUCACAAAGGAUAACAAGUGCAAUCAGGAAAAGUAACGAAGAAGUGCCACAUAUGUACAUGAGCAACUCUUUUGUUAAAAUUGAUGAUAUUAUUGUAUCUGAUAAUUUAAAGACUGCAAAAAUUUGGUGGAGACCUUUAAUACAAGAUGACGUUAGUGGGCCAGAGAUAGAAAGGUGUUUUCAAUCUUAUAGAAAUAAAUAUAGUUCUAUUUUAAAAAGAUACAUGAGAUUAAAAAAAGCUCCAAAAUUAAUAUUUAUGAGAAAUGAUUUAGCAAAUGAUGGAAUUCUAAAUGUUUUAGAAAAUUUGGAAAUUGAAAUGAAAUUGAAGCAACAGCAACAGCAGCAAGAAAAAAAUGACGACAAAAACUUAAUCGGAACAAAUUAA